AUGGCUGCGGCACCAAAGACACCCAUCACUAGAGACGAGCUGGUGCGUACCAACGCUGCCAUGCUCGUCCUAACGUCCAUCUUUAUCCUUUCGCGAGCGGCCCUUCACAUCUCGAAGCGAAAGACUCUCGAGCUACCGGACCUCUUCAUUUACUUUUCCUACGCUCUUUACGUAGCAUUAUGGAGCUGCUAUAUCCUGGUCGUCCCUCCAAUGUUCAGGGUAUAUGCAGUUAUAGGGGGCGAAAGGAAACCUUACGCGACGAUGAUGGCAGAUGGGGCGACUAUGCUGAGGCUCAUCACAGCGGGUCAGAUGUGCUUCUAUACGCUCUUGUUCGCAGUAAAGAUGUCCCUGUUGACACUUUAUCGCAAGUUGUUGGCUGGAGUCGCGGGUGUCUAUUGGAAGAUUUGGUGGGGUAUCGUUGCUUUCUGUCUGAUUUCAUGGAUUGGAAGUGUUUUUAGCAGCAUCUUUACCUGCAACAAUCUUAAGGAAAAGUUUUCUAAAGGAAGAUGCGGUGGCACAGCCAACGAAGAUCAACGGAUCAUCUUCAGCUUAUAUUUCGCUUAUUCUGUCGAUGUUGCGACCGAUCUCGCAAUCAUGUUCCUGCCAAUCCGCCUGACGUGGAAUCUUCAGAUGCCGAAAGCCCAGAAGAUGGGCGUCUUUGUUCUCUUCGGCUCCGGGUUCAUAUGUAUUGCCUUCGCCACGCUCCGUGUCGUACAACUUGGUGUCGAUGGCCGCGGCAAAACCAGGACGCCAGAACCAAAGUGGAUGCUAUUGUGGACAGUUCUUGAAUGCUCUAUGGCCAUCAUCAUCGGAUGUUCUCCCGCCUUCGCCGUCCUCAUUCGUAAACGCAUGAACUCAUCCAAGAAGGCAUCAUACAACGCUCAAGGGUACAUGAAACAGGGUACCGACGAGAUCAAGAUGAAGAGUUUAGUUAGUUCAAAUGGACGAGCGAAACGGGAUAGGCCCGACAUGUUCUGGAACGAUACGCAUAGUAGCCAGGAAGAGCUUGCAAAGAACGCAGGUCACAUAGUCGUGAAAACAACGGUGCAUCAGAACGAUGAAUUGCCGGGCAACACUAGAUGCCAUGUGAAGGUGUGUGCGAAGAGCACCCAACGUGUUACAACAGGGCGAAGGGCUGGUGGAAAAUAUGCAAAAAAAAAGAAGUAG